AUGAAUGAGGUGAAAGAUGUGGUCAACAGCACAAUCACACACAAGGACUCUGUGGCCCAGAAGAUCUUCCACUCCCCCAACUAUUCCUUUUGGCUGCAGGAAGCCAUCGACAGAGGCUCAGGGCCUCAGACCAGCAGCUUAUCAGCAGCGAAGCAUCGCUUCGCAUCGUUUGCAAAGCCAAUGGGGAGAUUCAUUCUCAAUCUGCAGCCAAUGUUUGAGGUGCUUCACAAGAUCUUGGCUUUGAAAGAAGAUUGCGGUUGGUUGCACACCUGGAUGGAUGCCGUGCCGGGGCAACGGUUGCUUCUGCUCGCGGCAGCCGCCGAUGCCGCUGACACAGUCAUGGAGUUCUUGAGGCUGAUGGACAAUGAAGGACAAGACCCAGCCAUUUUGAACUCCGAAGUGCAUAGUUUUCUGAGCAAUGUCGACGUCCAGUUCGGAACACCAGGGCAAGUUUUCGACAUCAAUGGCUAUAGCAAGCAUUGUCUAGAUGUCUUGCAAUCAGAGCCUGGAUUAUAUGUGAAGCACCGGGGGCAACAGAAAAGAAUCAGGGUUUCUGCUGCAGAUCGCCGCGCCGUCCUGCAGGCCUUCAAGCCAUGGGUGCACCUCUGCCAUGAGGCUUGCGAAGCAGAGUUUCCUCAUUUUCAUUUGUUUUCCUCCAUGGGCGUCUUAGAUCUUCGCUCUGACGCACGGCGCACAGAUGAAAGAUAUUCUUGUCUUCGCCGCUUGGCUGCGGCUUUGCAUGUUGAUGAGCAAGGGCUUGUCUCUGAGUUUGAAACUCUUCGCCCAGUGGCCAUGGCUUUCCGUCAGAAGCAGGAUUGCAGUAGCCGGGAUGCGUGGAAACAAGCUUUGAAAAGAAGCCAAGCGUCUUCUGCCCUGAAGGAAAAAUACGAGACCAAGAACUUGGCCCCGUUGCUUCGCGCACACGCAUGCUGGACAACGUCUAGCUCUGGGGUGGAGCAGGCCUUUUCCAAGGCUCAGAGGAGCCAGGGAGCGAAACACUUUGGUCCAAAGGCAGCCGAAUCAGAGCGUCGAGCCAUGGUUUCCUUGACAUACACUGACUCCUCUGCAACUCCUUUGGCCUCGGUCGUGGACAAAGCUCGUGAGCUCUACGCAAGCAAAGUGUCCAGACACCUGGGCCAGCACAAAGGCAAACGUUUUGACAAGGGAGUGAAGAGAGGGCCUCGAAUGAAGUUGGCUGGGAAGUUGGUGGAGAAAACUUGGAUCAACCGCAGGCGUGCCUCUGUCAAAGCAGCUGCUGCCCAGAGCUCAGCUUCUGGGCAGGAACCUGAGCUUGCAACCUCGCGCGAGACGGCGCGGAAGAAGAAGAUCGAAGCACAUCGUGAUGGCUACUACCAUGGUGUGGAUGCUGCGGAAGGCUUGAGUUUGGAACAGGAGGCAAUGAAGAGAGCCAGAGAGGAUUCCAAAGCGGAUCGGUCCAUGCGUUUGAAACGGCAGAAGCGGCAAUGUCAGCUUCUUUCCACAACUAAGAAAUGCGAUUGGAGGUGGCAAUCUCUGGGGCCUGCCAAGGCCUGGUUUGCCAGUGGCUUGCCGCCGAUCACAU